GUGUCUUAAAGGGCGGAAAUCGUUUAAUGUCUUUGUACUAAAGUAAUACCAGUUUUUUAUUACCUCGUACCUCGUUAGGUUAUUUUUAGAAAUUUUCUUAUAAUUUCGUAUUAUUAAAACUUUGUUGAAAGGUUGCUUUUGACGUUGCAUUGCUUUUUAUAAUUACUUUGAUCGUAUUGCCGGCGCGAUUUUGGUUUUAACAUUUCAAGUAAAAGUAGAGCGUUAAGGAACCGGCCUGUAAAUUAUGUUUCAUUAUCGAUCGUCCUUAGUAGGGAAAUACGUUGUUAACUUAAUACUAACAGUCACAAAGUUAAUAAAUACAUUAACAAAGAACGAUAAAAUAUCACAUUAAGGAGACGUCUAUUUAUAGAAACACCUCGAACGAUCUGAUACAGAGAAAUAAUUAAAUAUCUUUCGUCAUUUUUUUCUUUAAAGUUAUAUGUAUGUAUGUUUGUGUAAACGAAAUCUACCGUCGUAUACAUAUAUGAACACCGCGGACACGUCUGUCAGCGGUCGAUGCGGUGUCGGUUGAGAUCGAGUAAGUCAGUGAGACAUCUAUAUCCGGAGAUCGCGUGAUGUACAACACAUCCGUCAACAGCGUAAUCGUGAUGCAUAUAAUUAGUAUGCAGCACUUCAUAGCGGAGGAGUUUCUAGAUGUGCCAGCCAGCUUCGGUCCCGAGCUGCCGGCGGAUGGUCUCCGGGGGUACCUGGUGGCGGGCGAGCCUCGGGACGGGUGCUCCGCCCUCGAGAAGCCGCCCCUCGACGAGAACUUCACCGGCAAAUGGGUCGUAUUGAUAGCCAGGUACAACUGCAGUUUCGAAGUGAAAAUUCGCAACGCUCAAGAGGCGGGCUUCGACUGCGCCAUAGUGCACAAUGUCAACUCGAGCGAACUCGAGACGAUGUCAGCAAAGGAUCCCGACACUAUAACAAUACCGUCCGUGUUCGUGAGCGACCUCGCCGGCAUCAUACUGGGCGAGGAGUACAUCUACACCAACCAUUACUACAUCAUGGUGAACGGCGACAUUCCCUUCAACAUCAACACGCACCUCCUGCUGCCGUUCGCCGUGGUGGUGGUGCUGUGUCUCGUCGUCAUACUCAUCUUCAUGAUAGUGAAAUGUAUAAAGGACCGGCGGAGGGCGCGGAGACACCGGCUGCCGAACCGCUCCUUGAAGAAGAUCCCCACCUGCAAGUUCAGUAAGGGGGAUCCCUACGACACCUGCGCCAUCUGCCUCGACGACUACCAGGAGGGGGAGAGGCUCAGGGUGCUGCCCUGUGCUCACGCGUAUCACGCGAAGUGUAUCGACCCGUGGCUGACUCAGAACCGUCGCGUGUGUCCCGUGUGUAAGCGGAGAGUUUUGGCGGCGGACGAGCGGGCGGCGGACCUGGACCUGGACCAGGACUCGGACGACACGCAGCCGCUGCUGGACAGGGGAAACGACACACAGGGUGGUACAUUUCAAGAGCAACGUGAGAAUCCCUUCGUGAGGGCCGCGAGGUAUAUAUAUAGCUUACGAGGGAGGAACGAACCUGGAGACGAACACGACCCUGAGGUGGCGCGACCUACCGAAGACGGCAACACUAACAAUGAAGACAAUGCUCCGGAGACAGCUCCCCUGGUGCCUCAGUCGGAGCCCGGCCGUCGCCGCGGACGGAGGUCCCGCCGGCGUGCGCGACUUCAACACACACACUCGAACAUGACUCGCUCAGUCAACGACGACUCCACGGACGACGACGGAGAAAUAGUCGUGGCAGCCCUGCCGGCGCAGUCCUCCGAGCCGCAUUACAUAGAUUUAUGAACACACGUAUUAUAAAUUACAGUACGUCGACACCCACUCACGUCCUCGAACCGUUUUGUGUCGAUGUAUUGUGGAGUCGCUAACCCGACGCUUGUACAGGACGCGUAAAUCAUCAGCCGUCUUACGUUAUUUACUUCAAAUAAACUAUUGCCAUAUUAAAAGUAACUAACAAUGUAUAUUAAACUUUUAGUGACGAUGAGAACAUCUGACUCGUUGUGCGGUUAACUGAGACGAUUAAAAAUGUUUACUUUAAUAUUUUGUUUUUAGUUUACAAACACGAGUAAAGCAUGUCUUGUGUCGAGUGACAAAACAUAUAGAUUACAUUUCAUCAUACUAUCUCUAAUUUUGACAGCCUCCUGUAUAAGUAAAUUUUAUUUAAGUUUUGAUUGACGCAAAUGUUGUCUAUGCCCCAAAAAAUUACCAAUAACUGAAGGGUAUCAGAUGUAUGUACACUACACGCUAUACUCCAGUAUCGAGUCUCUGGUUGUAUAUUAUAAUAUGUAGGCGUCGAGAAAAAUUACACGAAAUUUCAAGUCACGUGAUAAGUUCAUUCUCAAAACUAAUAGGACGCGUUGACGGGACGGUAGUCAACAAAAUUAUUAAGUUUAAGCUAAAAAUAAUAUAUAGUUAGUAUCUAGCUGUUUGGACGGUGUAGCUAUAACACAUGUGAACACAAACCCAUCCUCCAAAUUAAGGUUUGUAUAUUAUUUGUACCUAAUCUCAUUUGUAUGAAUAAUUUGCCCAUACGUUUAAAACAGCUUCAGUGAGCCGGCUGUAAUAUUGUAUGGCAUGUAUAGGAGAGUAAUAUAUACUAACUGAGCAGUUGUCUUUAGAAUUUAUAUAUUUUUAUAUCGAUUCCUUGUCCCAGUUUUUAAUUGUAAAAAAAUCGAUUAUCUUUGAAUUGUUAUUUUUUUAUAUGUAUAGGGGAAUGUAUAAAAUCGCUGUAUAUAUUAACGUGACUCCGCAUCGGUAGUGAGGGCUUAUUAUUUAAAUAUGUUUACUAAUAAAUAUAACAAUUGUUGGUAAGACAGACACAUCCGUGGCAUGUGGGUUUUGUAUUUUGUGUCGUAACAUUUGAAGUUCUGUAAAUUUCCGUUUUCGUACCUGAAUUCCUAGACGUUAAGUGACGUACAUUCAUUAAAAUCUCUCCAGAUCAGUGCGUCGUCGAUGAAUUAUUGUAGUUUUCGUCUUACCAAGAAUUGUUCAAAACAUACCGCGGUGAAAGUCAGGUGAGAUUAGUUCCGGUUCAAGUCGAGGUCGCUGUUACAUCAUAAAACCAAAGAAUAAAUCCUUUCUCACGAAA